AUGGCGAACAGCGACGCAAGAAUCCGCAAGUUCCAGCCCGAUGACCUGAAGCUCGCCCAGUUCGCCAUUAGCAAGGCUAAUUUGAGCAAGCUCGCGGUGGCCAACUAUACUGCUUCGACCCAUUGGUUGGCACUUAGCUUAUGGGUGGGGCUGUCGAGCGCGUUCAUCCAAUACAUGGGCUGGUGGCCGGCGGAUACGGUAUUGAGCUACCUACAGCCAUUUCCUGCUUUUGCAUGCAUGGCGCUCCCUAUCAUAUUUUACAUCGAUUGGCAUAAUCGCCCAUAUUUCGAAGCUAACGCGGAAGAGGCCAUCCGAGGCGCCGACUUAGUCGAUAUUUCCGAGUAUUACUCUCGGUCGCCCUCAUCUGGAUUCUGGUUGCUGGAAUUCGGUGAGCGGUUUAUCGGGCUUCUAGCCCUCGACGCGUCGCUGGACAGUCAGAACACUGCUCCUGCCCAAAAGUCCUCGGAAAAGCGUAAAAAGGGCACUUCAUCUGUCGCGACCAUACGCCACUUCUUCGUUGACGAGCCCUACCGUCCUACUGAAAUUCAGGAAGACCUUUUGAAACACGCCAUCAUGUUUGCUUUUGAAGGGGACGACAAGUUGGAACGGAUAGAGGUAGUCGGGUCUUCCAUGUCGACAUACGCUGAGAAGGCGUAUAAGAAAUUGGGCUUCCGCGUCGUGAAAGAAAUCAAAAGGAUUGGUGUGUUGCGUUGGAAGGUUGAGCUGUAUUCAUUAGACAGGAGUACUUGGCAGUCGACGCUUUAG